AUGUGGCCAUCCAGUCAAAAGUGCAGUCUGCUCACUCUGCCGGUUCACACUGGGCUCUGGCCAUGCUACUUUAUGUGUGGCCACGUACUGUGGUUGAGCGUCAACCUCUUUAUCUUUGAGCAACACUUUGCCAAUGACAGGGCCGCAAGAGGACACCAUGGGAAAGCGGUUGUAGGAUUGGAGUCUGGGAAGCAGCUUCUCUCAGGUGAGUGGGUUGAAAGCCAGCUUCUGACCAAAAUGCUUUGUGUUAAAAGGGGAGCUUGUCGACGUCACUGUGUACAAGGCUUUGCAUGGCAAAGUUUGAGCUUAUGUGUGCUGGGCUGUGGUGUAGUUUUCAAGCAUGUUUGCGCGUCGAGCUGAACAGUCAUGGGCGGAUCCUUUGCCGGCAAGUUUUCUUUGGCCUGACUGCACACCAUGCGGCACCUUUGCCCAAUUCAAAACUCACUCUGUGCAUUGGCCGGGAAUCGAACCCGGGCCUCCCGCGUGGCAGGCGAGAAUUCUACCACUGAACCACCAAUGCUCCUGGUGCUGCUCCCUGGCGGGGCGUCGCCGCGCAACAGCGCCAGCAUGAGUUUCACCGUACUGGUUUUUGGGAGAAAAAAACAUCUCUGCACUAUCCCCAACCUCUUGCAGAUGCUUUUGCCUUCCGCUUCAGGGGCGACUGGUGUCCCUUUGGUUGUCUUGUAACCUUUGGUCCAAUGUGGCCAUCCAGUCAAAAGUGCAGUCUGCUCACUCUGCCGGUUCACACUGGGCUCUGGCCAUGCUACUUUAUGUGUGGCCACGUACUGUGGUUGAGCGUCAACCUCUUUAUCUUUGAGCAACACUUUGCCAAUGACAGGGCCGCAAGAGGACACCAUGGGAAAGCGGUUGUAGGAUUGGAGUCUGGGAAGCAGCUUCUCUCAGGUGAGUGGGUUGAAAGCCAGCUUCUGACCAAAAUGCUUUGUGUUAAAAGGGGAGCUUGUCGACGUCACUGUGUACAAGGCUUUGCAUGGCAAAGUUUGAGCUUAUGUGUGCUGGGCUGUGGUGUAGUUUUCAAGCAUGUUUGCGCGUCGAGCUGAACAGUCAUGGGCGGAUCCUUUGCCGGCAAGUUUUCUUUGGCCUGACUGCACACCAUGCGGCAGCUUUGCCCAAUUCAAAACUCACUCUGUGCAUUGGCCGGGAAUCGAACCCGGGCCUCCCGCGUGGCAGGCGAGAAUUCUACCACUGAACCACCGAUGCUCCUGGUGCUGCUCCCUGGCGGGGCGUCGCCGCGCAACAGCGCCAGCAUGAGUUUCACCGUACUGGUUUUUGGGAGAAAAAAACAUCUCUGCACUAUCCCCAACCUCUUGCAGAUGCUUUUGCCUUCCGCUUCAGGGGCGACUGGUGUCCCUUUGGUUGUCUUGUAACCUUUGAUCCAAUGUGGCCAUCCAGUCAAAAGUGCAGUCUGCUCACUCUGCCGGUUCACACUGGGCUCUGGCCAUGCUACGUUAUGUGUGGCCACGUACUGUGGUUGAGCGUCAACCUCUUUAUCUUUGAGCAACACUUUGCCAAUGACAGGGCCGCAAGAGGACACCAUGGGAAAGCGGUUGUAGGAUUGGAGUCUGGGAAGCAGCUUCUCUCAGGUGAGUGGGUUGAAAGCCAGCUUCUGACCAAAAUGCUUUGUGUUAAAAGGGGAGCUUGUCGACGUCACUGUGUACAAGGCUUUGCAUGGCAAAGUUUGAGCUUAUGUGUGCUGGGCUGUGGUGUAGUUUUCAAGCAUGUUUGCGCGUCGAGCUGAACAGUCAUGGGCGGAUCCUUUGCCGGCAAGUUUUCUUUGGCCUGACUGCACACCAUGCGGCAGCUUUGCCCAAUUCAAAACUCACUCUGUGCAUUGGCCGGGAAUCGAACCCGGGCCUCCCGCGUGGCAGGCGAGAAUUCUACCACUGAACCACCAAUGCUCCUGGUGCUGCUCCCUGGCGGGGCGUCGCCGCACAACAGCGCCAGCAUGAGUUUCACCGUACUGGUUUUUGGGAGAAAAAAACAUCUCUGCACUAUCCCCAACCUCUUGCAGAUGCUUUUGCCUUCCGCUUCAGGGGCGACUGGUGUCCCUUUGGCUGUCUUGUAACCUUUGAUCCAAUGUGGCCAUCCAGUCAAAAGUGCAGUCUGCUCACUCUGCCGGUUCACACUGGGCUCUGGCCAUGCUACUUUAUGUGUGGCCACGUACUGUGGUUGAGCGUCAACCUCUUUAUCUUUGAGCAACACUUUGCCAAUGACAGGGCCGCAAGAGGACACCAUGGGAAAGCGGUUGUAGGAUUGGAGUCUGGGAAGCAGCUUCUCUCAGGUGAGUGGGUUGAAAGCCAGCUUCUGACCAAAAUGCUUUGUGUUAAAAGGGGAGCUUGUCGACGUCACUGUGUACAAGGCUUUGCAUGGCAAAGUUUGAGCUUAUGUGUGCUGGGCUGUGGUGUAGUUUUCAAGCAUGUUUGCGCGUCGAGCUGAACAGUCAUGGGCGGAUCCUUUGCCGGCAAGUUUUCUUUGGCCUGACUGCACACCAUGCGGCACCUUUGCCCAAUUCAAAACUCACUCUGUGCAUUGGCCGGGAAUCGAACCCGGGCCUCCCGCGUGGCAGGCGAGAAUUCUACCACUGAACCACCAAUGCUCCUGGUGCUGCUCCCUGGCGGGGCGUCGCCGCGCAACAGCGCCAGCAUGAGUUUCACCGUACUGGUUUUUGGGAGAAAAAAACAUCUCUGCAUAUCCCCAACCUCUUGCAGAUGCUUUUGCCUUCCGCUUCAGGGGCGACUGGUGUCCCUUUGGUUGUCUUGUAACCUUUGGUCCAAUGUGGCCAUCCAGUCAAAAGUGCAGUCUGCUCACUCUGCCGGUUCACACUGGGCUCUGGCCAUGCUACUUUAUGUGUGGCCACGUACUGUGGUUGAGCGUCAACCUCUUUAUCUAUGAGCAACACUUUGCCAAUGACAGGGCCGCAAGAGGACACCAUGGGAAAGCGGUUGUAGGAUUGGAGUCUGGGAAGCAGCUUCUCUCAGGUGAGUGGGUUGAAAGCCAGCUUCUGACCAAAAUGCUUUGUGUUAAAAGGGCAGCUUGUCGACGUCACUGUGUACAAGGCUUUGCAUGGCAAAGUUUGAGCUUAUGUGUGCUGGGCUGUGGUGUAGUUUUCAAGCAUGUUUGCGCGUCGAGCUGAACAGUCAUGGGCGGAUCCUUUGCCGGCAAGUUUUCUUUGGCCUGACUGCACACCAUGCGGCACCUUUGCCCAAUUCAAAACUCACUCUGUGCAUUGGCCGGGAAUCGAACCCGGGCCUCCCGCGUGGCAGGCGAGAAUUCUACCACUGAACCACCAAUGCUCCUGGUGCUGCUCCCUGGCGGGGCGUCGCCGCGCAACAGCGCCAGCAUGAGUUUCACCGUACUGGUUUUUGGGAGAAAAAAACAUCUCUGCACUAUCCCCAACCUCUUGCAGAUGCUUUUGCCUUCCGCUUCAGGGGCGACUGGUGUCCCUUUGGCUGUCUUGUAACCUUUGAUCCAAUGUGGCCAUCCAGUCAAAAGUGCAGUCUGCUCACUCUGCCGGUUCACACUGGGCUCUGGCCAUGCUACUUUAUGUGUGGCCACGUACUGUGGUUGAGCGUCAACCUCUUUAUCUUUGAGCAACACUUUGCCAAUGACAGGGCCGCAAGAGGACACCAUGGGAAAGCGGUUGUAGGAUUGGAGUCUGGGAAGCAGCUUCUCUCAGGUGAGUGGGUUGAAAGCCAGCUUCUGACCAAAAUGCUUUGUGUUAAAAGGGCAGCUUGUCGACGUCACUGUGUACAAGGCUUUGCAUGGCAAAGUUUGAGCUUAUGUGUGCUGGGCUGUGGUGUAGUUUUCAAGCAUGUUUGCGCGUCGAGCUGAACAGUCAUGGGCGGAUCCUUUGCCGGCAAGUUUUCUUUGGCCUGACUGCACACCAUGCGGCAGCUUUGCCCAAUUCAAAACUCACUCUGUGCAUUGGCCGGGAAUCGAACCCGGGCCUCCCGCGUGGCAGGCGAGAAUUCUACCACUGAACCACCAAUGCUCCUGGUGCUGCUCCCUGGCGGGGCGUCGCCGCGCAACAGCGCCAGCAUGAGUUUCACCGUACUGGUUUUUGGGAGAAAAAAACAUCUCUGCACUAUCCCCAACCUCUUGCAGAUGCUUUUGCCUUCCGCUUCAGGGGCGACUGGUGUCCCUUUGGUUGUCUUGUAACCUUUGAUCCAAUGUGGCCAUCCAGUCAAAAGUGCAGUCUGCUCACUCUGCCGGUUCACACUGGGCUCUGGCCAUGCUACUUUAUGUGUGGCCACGUACUGUGGUUGAGCGUCAACCUCUUUAUCUUUGAGCAACACUUUGCCAAUGACAGGGCCGCAAGAGGACACCAUGGGAAAGCGGUUGUAGGAUUGGAGUCUGGGAAGCAGCUUCUCUCAGGUGAGUGGGUUGAAAGCCAGCUUCUGACCAAAAUACUUUGUGUUAAAAGGGGAGCUUGUCGACGUCACUGUGUACAAGGCUUUGCAUGGCAAAGUUUGAGCUUAUGUGUGCUGGGCUGUGGUGUAGUUUUCAAGCAUGUUUGCGCGUCGAGCUGAACAGUCAUGGGCGGAUCCUUUGCCGGCAAGUUUUCUUUGGCCUGACUGCACACCAUGCGGCACCUUUGCCCAAUUCAAAACUCACUCUGUGCAUUGGCCGGGAAUCGAACCCGGGCCUCCCGCGUGGCAGGCGAGAAUUCUACCACUGAACCACCAAUGCUCCUGGUGCUGCUCCCUGGCGGGGCGUCGCCGCGCAACAGCGCCAGCAUGAGUUUCACCGUACUGGUUUUUGGGAGAAAAAAACAUCUCUGCACUAUCCCCAACCUCUUGCAGAUGCUUUUGCCUUCCGCUUAAGGGGCGACUGGUGUCCCUUUGGUUGUCUUGUAACCUUUGAUCCAAUGUGGCCAUCCAGUCAAAAGUGCAGUCUGCUCACUCUGCCGGUUCACACUGGGCUCUGGCCAUGCUACUUUAUGUGUGGCCACGUACUGUGGUUGAGCGUCAACCUCUUUAUCUUUGAGCAACACUUUGCCAAUGACAGGGCCGCAAGAGGACACCAUGGGAAAGCGGUUGUAGGAUUGGAGUCUGGGAAGCAGCUUCUCUCAGGUGAGUGGGUUGAAAGCCAGCUUCUGACCAAAAUGCUUUGUGUUAAAAGGGCAGCUUGUCGACGUCACUGUGUACAAGGCUUUGCAUGGCAAAGUUUGAGCUUAUGUGUGCUGGGCUGUGGUGUAGUUUUCAAGCAUGUUUGCGCGUCGAGCUGAACAGUCAUGGGCGGAUCCUUUGCCGGCAAGUUUUCUUUGGCCUGACUGCACACCAUGCGGCAGCUUUGCCCAAUUCAAAACUCACUCUGUGCAUUGGCCGGGAAUCGAACCCGGGCCUCCCGCGUGGCAGGCGAGAAUUCUACCACUGAACCACCAAUGCUCCUGGUGCUGCUCCCUGGCGGGGCGUCGCCGCGCAACAGCGCCAGCAUGAGUUUCACCGUACUGGUUUUUGGGAGAAAAAAACAUCUCUGCACUAUCCCCAACCUCUUGCAGAUGCUUUUGCCUUCCGCUUCAGGGGCGACUGGUGUCCCUUUGGUUGUCUUGUAACCUUUGAUCCAAUGUGGCCAUCCAGUCAAAAGUGCAGUCUGCUCACUCUGCCGGUUCACACUGGGCUCUGGCCAUGCUACUUUAUGUGUGGCCACGUACUGUGGUUGAGCGUCAACCUCUUUAUCUUUGAGCAACACUUUGCCAAUGACAGGGCCGCAAGAGGACACCAUGGGAAAGCGGUUGUAGGAUUGGAGUCUGGGAAGCAGCUUCUCUCAGGUGAGUGGGUUGAAAGCCAGCUUCUGACCAAAAUGCUUUGUGUUAAAAGGGCAGCUUGUCGACGUCACUGUGUACAAGGCUUUGCAUGGCAAAGUUUGAGCUUAUGUGUGCUGGGCUGUGGUGUAGUUUUCAAGCAUGUUUGCGCGUCGAGCUGAACAGUCAUGGGCGGAUCCUUUGCCGGCAAGUUUUCUUUGGCCUGACUGCACACCAUGCGGCAGCUUUGCCCAAUUCAAAACUCACUCUGUGCAUUGGCCGGGAAUCGAACCCGGGCCUCCCGCGUGGCAGGCGAGAAUUCUACCACUGAACCACCAAUGCUCCUGGUGCUGCUCCCUGGCGGGGCGUCGCCGCGCAACAGCGCCAGCAUGAGUUUCACCGUACUGGUUUUUGGGAGAAAAAAACAUCUCUGCACUAUCCCCAACCUCUUGCAGAUGCUUUUGCCUUCCGCUUCAGGGGCGACUGGUGUCCCUUUGGUUGUCUUGUAACCUUUGAUCCAAUGUGGCCAUCCAGUCAAAAGUGCAGUCUGCUCACUCUGCCGGUUCACACUGGGCUCUGGCCAUGCUACUUUAUGUGUGGCCACGUACUGUGGUUGAGCGUCAACCUCUUUAUCUUUGAGCAACACUUUGCCAAUGACAGGGCCGCAAGAGGACACCAUGGGAAAGCGGUUGUAGGAUUGGAGUCUGGGAAGCAGCUUCUCUCAGGUGAGUGGGUUGAAAGCCAGCUUCUGACCAAAAUGCUUUGUGUUAAAAGGGAGCUUGUCGACGUCACUGUGUACAAGGCUUUGCAUGGCAAAGUUUGAGCUUAUGUGUGCUGGGCUGUGGUGUAGUUUUCAAGCAUGUUUGCGCGUCGAGCUGAACAGUCAUGGGCGGAUCCUUUGCCGGCAAGUUUUCUUUGGCCUGACUGCACACCAUGCGGCAGCUUUGCCCAAUUCAAAACUCACUCUGUGCAUUGGCCGGGAAUCGAACCCGGGCCUCCCGCGUGGCAGGCGAGAAUUCUACCACUGAACCACCAAUGCUCCUGGUGCUGCUCCCUGGCGGGGCGUCGCCGCGCAACAGCGCCAGCAUGAGUUUCACCGUACUGGUUUUUGGGAGAAAAAAACAUCUCUGCACUAUCCCCAACCUCUUGCAGAUGCUUUUGCCUUCCGCUUCAGGGGCGACUGGUGUCCCUUUGGUUGUCUUGUAACCUUUGAUCCAAUGUGGCCAUCCAGUCAAAAGUGCAGUCUGCUCACUCUGCCGGUUCACACUGGGCUCUGGCCAUGCUACUUUAUGUGUGGCCACGUACUGUGGUUGAGCGUCAACCUCUUUAUCUAUGAGCAACACUUUGCCAAUGACAGGGCCGCAAGAGGACACCAUGGGAAAGCGGUUGUAGGAUUGGAGUCUGGGAAGCAGCUUCUCUCAGGUGAGUGGGUUGAAAGCCAGCUUCUGACCAAAAUGCUUUGUGUUAAAAGGGCAGCUUGUCGACGUCACUGUGUACGAGGCUUUGCAUGGCAAAGUUUGAGCUUAUGUGUGCUGGGCUGUGGUGUAGUUUUCAAGCAUGUUUGCGCGUCGAGCUGAACAGUCAUGGGCGGAUCCUUUGCCGGCAAGUUUUCUUUGGCCUGACUGCACACCAUGCGGCACCUUUGCCCAAUUCAAAACUCACUCUGUGCAUUGGCCGGGAAUCGAACCCGGGCCUCCCGCGUGGCAGGCGAGAAUUCUACCACUGAACCACCAAUGCUCCUGGUGCUGUUCCCUGGCGGGGCGUCGCCACGCAACAGCGCCAGCAUGACUUUCACCGUACUGGUUUUUGGGAGAAAAAAACAUCUCUGCACUAUCCCCAACCUCUUGCAGAUGCUUUUGCCUUCCGCUUCAGGGGCGACUGGUGUCCCUUUGGUUGUCUUGUAACCUUUGGUCCAAUGUGGCCAUCCAGUCAAAAGUGCAGUCUGCUCACUCUGCCGGUUCACACUGGGCUCUGGCCAUGCUACUUUAUGUGUGGCCACGUACUGUGGUUGAGCGUCAACCUCUUUAUCUAUGAGCAACACUUUGCCAAUGACAGGGCCGCAAGAGGACACCAUGGGAAAGCGGUUGUAGGAUUGGAGUCUGGGAAGCAGCUUCUCUCAGGUGAGUGGGUUGAAAGCCAGCUUCUGACCAAAAUGCUUUGUGUUAAAAGGGCAGCUUGUCGACGUCACUGUGUACAAGGCUUUGCAUGGCAAAGUUUGAGCUUAUGUGUGCUGGGCUGUGGUGUAGUUUUCAAGCAUGUUUGCGCGUCGAGCUGAACAGUCAUGGGCGGAUCCUUUGCUGGCAAGUUUUCUUUGGCCUGACUGCACACCAUGCGGCAGCUUUGCCCAAUUCAAAACUCACUCUGUGCAUUGGCCGGGAAUCGAACCCGGGCCUCCCGCGUGGCAGGCGAGAAUUCUACCACUGAACCACCAAUGCUCCUGGUGCUGCUCCCUGGCGGGGCGUCGCCACGCAACAGCGCCAGCAUGAGUUUCACCGUACUGGUUUUUGGGAGAAAAAAACAUCUCUGCACUAUCCCCAACCUCUUGCAGAUGCUUUUGCCUUCCGCUUCAGGGGCGACUGGUGUCCCUUUGGUUGUCUUGUAACCUUUGAUCCAAUGUGGCCAUCCAGUCAAAAGUGCAGUCUGCUCACUCUGCCGGUUCACACUGGGCUCUGGCCAUGCUACUUUAUGUGUGGCCACGUACUGUGGUUGAGCGUCAACCUCUUUAUCUUUGAGCAACACUUUGCCAAUGACAGGGCCGCAAGAGGACACCAUGGGAAAGCGGUUGUAGGAUUGGAGUUUGGGAAGCAGCUUCUCUCAGGUGAGUGGGUUGAAAGCCAGCUUCUGACCAAAAUGCUUUGUGUUAAAAGGGCAGCUUGUCGACGUCACUGUGUACAAGGCUUUGCAUGGCAAAGUUUGAGCUUAUGUGUGCUGGGCUGUGGUGUAGUUUUCAAGCAUGUUUGCGCGUCGAGCUGAACAGUCAUGGGCGGAUCCUUUGCCGGCAAGUUUUCUUUGGCCUGACUGCACACCAUGCGGCAGCUUUGCCCAAUUCAAAACUCACUCUGUGCAUUGGCCGGGAAUCGAACCCGGGCCUCCCGCGUGGCAGGCGAGAAUUCUACCACUGAACCACCAAUGCUCCUGGUGCUGCUCCCUGGCGGGGCGUCGCCGCGCAACAGCGCCAGCAUGAGUUUCACCGUACUGGUUUUUGGGAGAAAAAAACAUCUCUGCACUAUCCCCAACCUCUUGCAGAUGCUUUUGCCUUCCGCUUCAGGGGCGACUGGUGUCCCUUUGGUUGUCUUGUAACCUUUGAUCCAAUGUGGCCAUCCAGUCAAAAGUGCAGUCUGCUCACUCUGCCGGUUCACACUGGGCUCUGGCCAUGCUACUUUAUGUGUGGCCACGUACUGUGGUUGAGCGUCAACCUCUUUAUCUUUGAGCAACACUUUGCCAAUGACAGGGCCGCAAGAGGACACCAUGGGAAAGCGGUUGUAGGAUUGGAGUCUGGGAAGCAGCUUCUCUCAGGUGAGUGGGUUGAAAGCCAGCUUCUGACCAAAAUGCUUUGUGUUAAAAGGGCAGCUUGUCGACGUCACUGUGUACAAGGCUUUGCAUGGCAAAGUUUGAGCUUAUGUGUGCUGGGCUGUGGUGUAGUUUUCAAGCAUGUUUGCGCGUCGAGCUGAACAGUCAUGGGCGGAUCCUUUGCCGGCAAGUUUUCUUUGGCCUGACUGCACACCAUGCGGCACCUUUGCCCAAUUCAAAACUCACUCUGUGCAUUGGCCGGGAAUCGAACCCGGGCCUCCCGCGUGGCAGGCGAGAAUUCUACCACUGAACCACCAAUGCUCCUGGUGCUGCUCCCUGGCGGGGCGUCGCCGCGCAACAGCGCCAGCAUGAGUUUCACCGUACUGGUUUUUGGGAGAAAAAAACAUCUCUGCACUAUCCCCAACCUCUUGCAGAUGCUUUUGCCUUCCGCUUCAGGGGCGACUGGUGUCCCUUUGGUUGUCUUGUAACCUUUGGUCCAAUGUGGCCAUCCAGUCAAAAGUGCAGUCUGCUCACUCUGCCGGUUCACACUGGGCUCUGGCCAUGCUACUUUAUGUGUGGCCACGUACUGUGGUUGAGCGUCAACCUCUUUAUCUUUGAGCAACACUUUGCCAAUGACAGGGCCGCAAGAGGACACCAUGGGAAAGCGGUUGUAGGAUUGGAGUCUGGGAAGCAGCUUCUCUCAGGUGAGUGGGUUGAAAGCCAGCUUCUGACCAAAAUGCUUUGUGUUAAAAGGGCAGCUUGUCGACGUCACUGUGUACAAGGCUUUGCAUGGCAAAGUUUGAGCUUAUGUGUGCUGGGCUGUGGUGUAGUUUUCAAGCAUGUUUGCGCGUCGAGCUGAACAGUCAUGGGCGGAUCCUUUGCCGGCAAGUUUUCUUUGGCCUGACUGCACACCAUGCGGCAGCUUUUGCCCAAUUCAAAACUCACUCUGUGCAUUGGCCGGGAAUCGAACCCGGGCCUCCCGCGUGGCAGGCGAGAAUUCUACCACUGAACCACCAAUGCUCCUGGUGCUGCUCCCUGGCGGGGCGUCGCCGCGCAACAGCGCCAGCAUGAGUUUCACCGUACUGGUUUUUGGGAGAAAAAAACAUCUCUGCACUAUCCCCAACCUCUUGCAGAUGCUUUUGCCUUCCGCUUCAGGGGCGACUGGUGUCCCUUUGGUUGUCUUGUAACCUUUGAUCCAAUGUGGCCAUCCAGUCAAAAGUGCAGUCUGCUCACUCUGCCGGUUCACACUGGGCUCUGGCCAUGCUACUUUAUGUGUGGCCACGUACUGUGGUUGAGCGUCAACCUCUUUAUCUUUGAGCAACACUUUGCCAAUGACAGGGCCGCAAGAGGACACCAUGGGAAAGCGGUUGUAGGAUUGGAGUCUGGGAAGCAGCUUCUCUCAGGUGAGUGGGUUGAAAGCCAGCUUCUGACCAAAAUGCUUUGUGUUAAAAGGGCAGCUUGUCGACGUCACUGUGUACAAGGCUUUGCAUGGCAAAGUUUGAGCUUAUGUGUGCUGGGCUGUGGUGUAGUUUUCAAGCAUGUUUGCGCGUCGAGCUGAACAGUCAUGGGCGGAUCCUUUGCCGGCAAGUUUUCUUUGGCCUGACUGCACACCAUGCGGCACCUUUGCCCAAUUCAAAACUCACUCUGUGCAUUGGCCGGGAAUCGAACCCGGGCCUCCCGCGUGGCAGGCGAGAAUUCUACCACUGAACCACCAAUGCUCCUGGUGCUGCUCCCUGGCGGGGCGUCGCCGCGCAACAGCGCCAGCAUGAGUUUCACCGUACUGGUUUUUGGGAGAAAAAAACAUCUCUGCACUAUCCCCAACCUCUUGCAGAUGCUUUUGCCUUCCGCUUCAGGGGCGACUGGUGUCCCUUUGGUUGUCUUGUAACCUUUGAUCCAAUGUGGCCAUCCAGUCAAAAGUGCAGUCUGCUCACUCUGCCGGUUCACACUGGGCUCUGGCCAUGCUACUUUAUGUGUGGCCACGUACUGUGGUUGAGCGUCAACCUCUUUAUCUUUGAGCAACACUUUGCCAAUGACAGGGCCGCAAGAGGACACCAUGGGAAAGCGGUUGUAGGAUUGGAGUCUGGGAAGCAGCUUCUCUCAGGUGAGUGGGUUGAAAGCCAGCUUCUGACCAAAAUGCUUUGUGUUAAAAGGGCAGCUUGUCGACGUCACUGUGUACAAGGCUUUGCAUGGCAAAGUUUGAGCUUAUGUGUGCUGGGCUGUGGUGUAGUUUUCAAGCAUGUUUGCGCGUCGAGCUGAACAGUCAUGGGCGGAUCCUUUGCCGGCAAGUUUUCUUUGGCCUGACUGCACACCAUGCGGCACCUUUGCCCAAUUCAAAACUCACUCUGUGCAUUGGCCGGGAAUCGAACCCGGGCCUCCCGCGUGGCAGGCGAGAAUUCUACCACUGAACCACCAAUGCUCCUGGUGCUGCUCCCUGGCGGGGCGUCGCCGCGCAACAGCGCCAGCAUGACUUUCACCGUACUGGUUUUUGGGAGAAAAAAACAUCUCUGCACUAUCCCCAACCUCUUGCAGAUGCUUUUGCCUUCCGCUUCAGGGGCGACUGGUGUCCCUUUGGUUGUCUUGUAACCUUUGGUCCAAUGUGGCCAUCCAGUCAAAAGUGCAGUCUGCUCACUCUGCCGGUUCACACUGGGCUCUGGCCAUGCUACUUUAUGUGUGGCCACGUACUGUGGUUGAGCGUCAACCUCUUUAUCUAUGAGCAACACUUUGCCAAUGACAGGGCCGCAAGAGGACACCAUGGGAAAGCGGUUGUAGGAUUGGAGUCUGGGAAGCAGCUUCUCUCAGGUGAGUGGGUUGAAAGCCAGCUUCUGACCAAAAUGCUUUGUGUUAAAAGGGAGCUUGUCGACGUCACUGUGUACAAGGCUUUGCAUGGCAAAGUUUGAGCUUAUGUGUGCUGGGCUGUGGUGUAGUUUUCAAGCAUGUUUGCGCGUCGAGCUGAACAGUCAUGGGCGGAUCCUUUGCCGGCAAGUUUUCUUUGGCCUGACUGCACACCAUGCGGCACCUUUGCCCAAUUCAAAACUCACUCUGUGCAUUGGCCGGGAAUCGAACCCGGGCCUCCCGCGUGGCAGGCGAGAAUUCUACCACUGAACCACCAAUGCUCCUGGUGCUGCUCCCUGGCGGGGCGUCGCCGCGCAACAGCGCCAGCAUGACUUUCACCGUACUGGUUUUUGGGAGAAAAAAACAUCUCUGCACUAUCCCCAACCUCUUGCAGAUGCUUUUGCCUUCCGCUUCAGGGGCGACUGGUGUCCCUUUGGUUGUCUUGUAACCUUUGGUCCAAUGUGGCCAUCCAGUCAAAAGUGCAGUCUGCUCACUCUGCCGGUUCACACUGGGCUCUGGCCAUGCUACUUUAUGUGUGGCCACGUACUGUGGUUGAGCGUCAACCUCUUUAUCUUUGAGCAACACUUUGCCAAUGACAGGGCCGCAAGAGGACACCAUGGGAAAGCGGUUGUAGGAUUGGAGUCUGGGAAGCAGCUUCUCUCAGGUGAGUGGGUUGAAAGCCAGCUUCUGACCAAAAUGCUUUGUGUUAAAAGGGCAGCUUGUCGACGUCACUGUGUACAAGGCUUUGCAUGGCAAAGUUUGAGCUUAUGUGUGCUGGGCUGUGGUGUAGUUUUCAAGCAUGUUUGCGCGUCGAGCUGAACAGUCAUGGGCGGAUCCUUUGCCGGCAAGUUUUCUUUGGCCUGACUGCACACCAUGCGGCACCUUUGCCCAAUUCAAAACUCACUCUGUGCAUUGGCCGGGAAUCGAACCCGGGCCUCCCGCGUGGCAGGCGAGAAUUCUACCACUGAACCACCAAUGCUCCUGGUGCUGCUCCCUGGCGGGGCGUCGCCGCGCAACAGCGCCAGCAUGACUUUCACCGUACUGGUUUUUGGGAGAAAAAAACAUCUCUGCACUAUCCCCAACCUCUUGCAGAUGCUUUUGCCUUCCGCUUCAGGGGCGACUGGUGUCCCUUUGGUUGUCUUGUAACCUUUGGUCCAAUGUGGCCAUCCAGUCAAAAGUGCAGUCUGCUCACUCUGCCGGUUCACACUGGGCUCUGGCCAUGCUACUUUAUGUGUGGCCACGUACUGUGGUUGAGCGUCAACCUCUUUAUCUAUGAGCAACACUUUGCCAAUGACAGGGCCGCAAGAGGACACCAUGGGAAAGCGGUUGUAGGAUUGGAGUCUGGGAAGCAGCUUCUCUCAGGUGAGUGGGUUGAAAGCCAGCUUCUGACCAAAAUGCUUUGUGUUAAAAGGGCAGCUUGUCGACGUCACUGUGUACAAGGCUUUGCAUGGCAAAGUUUGAGCUUAUGUGUGCUGGGCUGUGGUGUAGUUUUCAAGCAUGUUUGCGCGUCGAGCUGAACAGUCAUGGGCGGAUCCUUUGCCGGCAAGUUUUCUUUGGCCUGACUGCACACCAUGCGGCACCUUUGCCCAAUUCAAAACUCACUCUGUGCAUUGGCCGGGAAUCGAACCCGGGCCUCCCGCGUGGCAGGCGAGAAUUCUACCACUGAACCACCAAUGCUCCUGGUGCUGCUCCCUGGCGGGGCGUCGCCGCGCAACAGCGCCAGCAUGACUUUCACCGUACUGGUUUUUGGGAGAAAAAAACAUCUCUGCACUAUCCCCAACCUCUUGCAGAUGCUUUUGCCUUCCGCUUCAGGGGCGACUGGUGUCCCUUUGGUUGUCUUGUAACCUUUGGUCCAAUGUGGCCAUCCAGUCAAAAGUGCAGUCUGCUCACUCUGCCGGUUCACACUGGGCUCUGGCCAUGCUACUUUAUGUGUGGCCACGUACUGUGGUUGAGCGUCAACCUCUUUAUCUAUGAGCAACACUUUGCCAAUGACAGGGCCGCAAGAGGACACCAUGGGAAAGCGGUUGUAGGAUUGGAGUCUGGGAAGCAGCUUCUCUCAGGUGAGUGGGUUGAAAGCCAGCUUCUGACCAAAAUGCUUUGUGUUAAAAGGGCAGCUUGUCGACGUCACUGUGUACAAGGCUUUGCAUGGCAAAGUUUGAGCUUAUGUGUGCUGGGCUGUGGUGUAGUUUUCAAGCAUGUUUGCGCGUCGAGCUGAACAGUCAUGGGCGGAUCCUUUGCCGGCAAGUUUUCUUUGGCCUGACUGCACACCAUGCGGCACCUUUGCCCAAUUCAAAACUCACUCUGUGCAUUGGCCGGGAAUCGAACCCGGGCCUCCCGCGUGGCAGGCGAGAAUUCUACCACUGAACCACCAAUGCUCCUGGUGCUGCUCCCUGGCGGGGCGUCGCCGCGCAACAGCGCCAGCAUGACUUUCACCGUACUGGUUUUUGGGAGAAAAAAACAUCUCUGCACUAUCCCCAACCUCUUGCAGAUGCUUUUGCCUUCCGCUUCAGGGGCGACUGGUGUCCCUUUGGUUGUCUUGUAACCUUUGGUCCAAUGUGGCCAUCCAGUCAAAAGUGCAGUCUGCUCACUCUGCCGGUUCACACUGGGCUCUGGCCAUGCUACUUUAUGUGUGGCCACGUACUGUGGUUGAGCGUCAACCUCUUUAUCUAUGAGCAACACUUUGCCAAUGACAGGGCCGCAAGAGGACACCAUGGGAAAGCGGUUGUAGGAUUGGAGUCUGGGAAGCAGCUUCUCUCAGGUGAGUGGGUUGAAAGCCAGCUUCUGACCAAAAUGCUUUGUGUUAAAAGGGAGCUUGUCGACGUCACUGUGUACAAGGCUUUGCAUGGCAAAGUUUGAGCUUAUGUGUGCUGGGCUGUGGUGUAGUUUUCAAGCAUGUUUGCGCGUCGAGCUGAACAGUCAUGGGCGGAUCCUUUGCCGGCAAGUUUUCUUUGGCCUGACUGCACACCAUGCGGCACCUUUGCCCAAUUCAAAACUCACUCUGUGCAUUGGCCGGGAAUCGAACCCGGGCCUCCCGCGUGGCAGGCGAGAAUUCUACCACUGAACCACCAAUGCUCCUGGUGCUGCUCCCUGGCGGGGCGUCGCCGCGCAACAGCGCCAGCAUGAGUUUCACCGUACUGGUUUUUGGGAGAAAAAAACAUCUCUGCACUAUCCCCAACCUCUUGCAGAUGCUUUUGCCUUCCGCUUCAGGGGCGACUGGUGUCCCUUUGGUUGUCUUGUAACCUUUGGUCCAAUGUGGCCAUCCAGUCAAAAGUGCAGUCUGCUCACUCUGCCGGUUCACACUGGGCUCUGGCCAUGCUACUUUAUGUGUGGCCACGUACUGUGGUUGAGCGUCAACCUCUUUAUCUAUGAGCAACACUUUGCCAAUGACAGGGCCGCAAGAGGACACCAUGGGAAAGCGGUUGUAGGAUUGGAGUCUGGGAAGCAGCUUCUCUCAGGUGAGUGGGUUGAAAGCCAGCUUCUGACCAAAAUGCUUUGUGUUAAAAGGGCAGCUUGUCGACGUCACUGUGUACAAGGCUUUGCAUGGCAAAGUUUGAGCUUAUGUGUGCUGGGCUGUGGUGUAGUUUUCAAGCAUGUUUGCGCGUCGAGCUGAACAGUCAUGGGCGGAUCCUUUGCCGGCAAGUUUUCUUUGGCCUGACUGCACACCAUGCGGCACCUUUGCCCAAUUCAAAACUCACUCUGUGCAUUGGCCGGGAAUCGAACCCGGGCCUCCCGCGUGGCAGGCGAGAAUUCUACCACUGAACCACCAAUGCUCCUGGUGCUGCUCCCUGGCGGGGCGUCGCCGCGCAACAGCGCCAGCAUGACUUUCACCGUACUGGUUUUUGGGAGAAAAAAACAUCUCUGCACUAUCCCCAACCUCUUGCAGAUGCUUUUGCCUUCCGCUUCAGGGGCGACUGGUGUCCCUUUGGUUGUCUUGUAACCUUUGGUCCAAUGUGGCCAUCCAGUCAAAAGUGCAGUCUGCUCACUCUGCCGGUUCACACUGGGCUCUGGCCAUGCUACUUUAUGUGUGGCCACGUACUGUGGUUGAGCGUCAACCUCUUUAUCUAUGAGCAACACUUUGCCAAUGACAGGGCCGCAAGAGGACACCAUGGGAAAGCGGUUGUAGGAUUGGAGUCUGGGAAGCAGCUUCUCUCAGGUGAGUGGGUUGAAAGCCAGCUUCUGACCAAAAUGCUUUGUGUUAAAAGGGCAGCUUGUCGACGUCACUGUGUACAAGGCUUUGCAUGGCAAAGUUUGAGCUUAUGUGUGCUGGGCUGUGGUGUAGUUUUCAAGCAUGUUUGCGCGUCGAGCUGAACAGUCAUGGGCGGAUCCUUUGCCGGCAAGUUUUCUUUGGCCUGACUGCACACCAUGCGGCACCUUUGCCCAAUUCAAAACUCACUCUGUGCAUUGGCCGGGAAUCGAACCCGGGCCUCCCGCGUGGCAGGCGAGAAUUCUACCACUGAACCACCAAUGCUCCUGGUGCUGCUCCCUGGCGGGGCGUCGCCGCGCAACAGCGCCAGCAUGACUUUCACCGUACUGGUUUUUGGGAGAAAAAAACAUCUCUGCACUAUCCCCAACCUCUUGCAGAUGCUUUUGCCUUCCGCUUCAGGGGCGACUGGUGUCCCUUUGGUUGUCUUGUAACCUUUGGAUCCAAUGUGGCCAUCCAGUCAAAAGUGCAGUCUGCUCACUCUGCCGGUUCACACUGGGCUCUGGCCAUGCUACUUUAUGUGUGGCCACGUACUGUGGUUGAGCGUCAACCUCUUUAUCUAUGAGCAACACUUUGCCAAUGACAGGGCCGCAAGAGGACACCAUGGGAAAGCGGUUGUAGGAUUGGAGUCUGGGAAGCAGCUUCUCUCAGGUGAGUGGGUUGAAAGCCAGCUUCUGACCAAAAUGCUUUGUGUUAAAAGGGAGCUUGUCGACGUCACUGUGUACAAGGCUUUGCAUGGCAAAGUUUGAGCUUAUGUGUGCUGGGCUGUGGUGUAGUUUUCAAGCAUGUUUGCGCGUCGAGCUGAACAGUCAUGGGCGGAUCCUUUGCCGGCAAGUUUUCUUUGGCCUGACUGCACACCAUGCGGCACCUUUGCCCAAUUCAAAACUCACUCUGUGCAUUGGCCGGGAAUCGAACCCGGGCCUCCCGCGUGGCAGGCGAGAAUUCUACCACUGAACCACCAAUGCUCCUGGUGCUGCUCCCUGGCGGGGCGUCGCCGCGCAACAGCGCCAGCAUGACUUUCACCGUACUGGUUUUUGGGAGAAAAAAACAUCUCUGCACUAUCCCCAACCUCUUGCAGAUGCUUUUGCCUUCCGCUUCAGGGGCGACUGGUGUCCCUUUGGUUGUCUUGUAACCUUUGGUCCAAUGUGGCCAUCCAGUCAAAAGUGCAGUCUGCUCACUCUGCCGGUUCACACUGGGCUCUGGCCAUGCUACUUUAUGUGUGGCCACGUACUGUGGUUGAGCGUCAACCUCUUUAUCUAUGAGCAACACUUUGCCAAUGACAGGGCCGCAAGAGGACACCAUGGGAAAGCGGUUGUAGGAUUGGAGUCUGGGAAGCAGCUUCUCUCAGGUGAGUGGGUUGAAAGCCAGCUUCUGACCAAAAUGCUUUGUGUUAAAAGGGCAGCUUGUCGACGUCACUGUGUACAAGGCUUUGCAUGGCAAAGUUUGAGCUUAUGUGUGCUGGGCUGUGGUGUAGUUUUCAAGCAUGUUUGCGCGUCGAGCUGAACAGUCAUGGGCGGAUCCUUUGCCGGCAAGUUUUCUUUGGCCUGACUGCACACCAUGCGGCACCUUUGCCCAAUUCAAAACUCACUCUGUGCAUUGGCCGGGAAUCGAACCCGGGCCUCCCGCGUGGCAGGCGAGAAUUCUACCACUGAACCACCAAUGCUCCUGGUGCUGCUCCCUGGCGGGGCGUCGCCGCGCAACAGCGCCAGCAUGACUUUCACCGUACUGGUUUUUGGGAGAAAAAAACAUCUCUGCACUAUCCCCAACCUCUUGCAGAUGCUUUUGCCUUCCGCUUCAGGGGCGACUGGUGUCCCUUUGGUUGUCUUGUAACCUUUGGUCCAAUGUGGCCAUCCAGUCAAAAGUGCAGUCUGCUCACUCUGCCGGUUCACACUGGGCUCUGGCCAUGCUACUUUAUGUGUGGCCACGUACUGUGGUUGAGCGUCAACCUCUUUAUCUAUGAGCAACACUUUGCCAAUGACAGGGCCGCAAGAGGACACCAUGGGAAAGCGGUUGUAGGAUUGGAGUCUGGGAAGCAGCUUCUCUCAGGUGAGUGGGUUGAAAGCCAGCUUCUGACCAAAAUGCUUUGUGUUAAAAGGGCAGCUUGUCGACGUCACUGUGUACAAGGCUUUGCAUGGCAAAGUUUGAGCUUAUGUGUGCUGGGCUGUGGUGUAGUUUUCAAGCAUGUUUGCGCGUCGAGCUGAACAGUCAUGGGCGGAUCCUUUGCCGGCAAGUUUUCUUUGGCCUGACUGCACACCAUGCGGCACCUUUGCCCAAUUCAAAACUCACUCUGUGCAUUGGCCGGGAAUCGAACCCGGGCCUCCCGCGUGGCAGGCGAGAAUUCUACCACUGAACCACCAAUGCUCCUGGUGCUGCUCCCUGGCGGGGCGUCGCCGCGCAACAGCGCCAGCAUGACUUUCACCGUACUGGUUUUUGGGAGAAAAAAACAUCUCUGCACUAUCCCCAACCUCUUGCAGAUGCUUUUGCCUUCCGCUUCAGGGGCGACUGGUGUCCCUUUGGUUGUCUUGUAACCUUUGGUCCAAUGUGGCCAUCCAGUCAAAAGUGCAGUCUGCUCACUCUGCCGGUUCACACUGGGCUCUGGCCAUGCUACUUUAUGUGUGGCCACGUACUGUGGUUGAGCGUCAACCUCUUUAUCUAUGAGCAACACUUUGCCAAUGACAGGGCCGCAAGAGGACACCAUGGGAAAGCGGUUGUAGGAUUGGAGUCUGGGAAGCAGCUUCUCUCAGGUGAGUGGGUUGAAAGCCAGCUUCUGACCAAAAUGCUUUGUGUUAAAAGGGCAGCUUGUCGACGUCACUGUGUACAAGGCUUUGCAUGGCAAAGUUUGAGCUUAUGUGUGCUGGGCUGUGGUGUAGUUUUCAAGCAUGUUUGCGCGUCGAGCUGAACAGUCAUGGGCGGAUCCUUUGCCGGCAAGUUUUCUUUGGCCUGACUGCACACCAUGCGGCACCUUUGCCCAAUUCAAAACUCACUCUGUGCAUUGGCCGGGAAUCGAACCCGGGCCUCCCGCGUGGCAGGCGAGAAUUCUACCACUGAACCACCAAUGCUCCUGGUGCUGCUCCCUGGCGGGGCGUCGCCGCGCAACAGCGCCAGCAUGACUUUCACCGUACUGGUUUUUGGGAGAAAAAAACAUCUCUGCACUAUCCCCAACCUCUUGCAGAUGCUUUUGCCUUCCGCUUCAGGGGCGACUGGUGUCCCUUUGGUUGUCUUGUAACCUUUGGUCCAAUGUGGCCAUCCAGUCAAAAGUGCAGUCUGCUCACUCUGCCGGUUCACACUGGGCUCUGGCCAUGCUACUUUAUGUGUGGCCACGUACUGUGGUUGAGCGUCAACCUCUUUAUCUUUGAGCAACACUUUGCCAAUGACAGGGCCGCAAGAGGACACCAUGGGAAAGCGGUUGUAGGAUUGGAGUCUGGGAAGCAGCUUCUCUCAGGUGAGUGGGUUGAAAGCCAGCUUCUGACCAAAAUGCUUUGUGUUAAAAGGGCAGCUUGUCGACGUCACUGUGUACAAGGCUUUGCAUGGCAAAGUUUGAGCUUAUGUGUGCUGGGCUGUGGUGUAGUUUUCAAGCAUGUUUGCGCGUCGAGCUGAACAGUCAUGGGCGGAUCCUUUGCCGGCAAGUUUUCUUUGGCCUGACUGCACACCAUGCGGCACCUUUGCCCAAUUCAAAACUCACUCUGUGCAUUGGCCGGGAAUCGAACCCGGGCCUCCCGCGUGGCAGGCGAGAAUUCUACCACUGAACCACCAAUGCUCCUGGUGCUGCUCCCUGGCGGGGCGUCGCCGCGCAACAGCGCCAGCAUGACUUUCACCGUACUGGUUUUUGGGAGAAAAAAACAUCUCUGCACUAUCCCCAACCUCUUGCAGAUGCUUUUGCCUUCCGCUUCAGGGGCGACUGGUGUCCCUUUGGUUGUCUUGUAACCUUUGAUCCAAUGUGGCCAUCCAGUCAAAAGUGCAGUCUGCUCACUCUGCCGGUUCACACUGGGCUCUGGCCAUGCUACUUUAUGUGUGGCCACGUACUGUGGUUGAGCGUCAACCUCUUUAUCUAUGAGCAACACUUUGCCAAUGACAGGGCCGCAAGAGGACACCAUGGGAAAGCGGUUGUAGGAUUGGAGUCUGGGAAGCAGCUUCUCUCAGGUGAGUGGGUUGAAAGCCAGCUUCUGACCAAAAUGCUUUGUGUUAAAAGGGCAGCUUGUCGACGUCACUGUGUACAAGGCUUUGCAUGGCAAAGUUUGAGCUUAUGUGUGCUGGGCUGUGGUGUAGUUUUCAAGCAUGUUUGCGCGUCGAGCUGAACAGUCAUGGGCGGAUCCUUUGCCGGCAAGUUUUCUUUGGCCUGACUGCACACCAUGCGGCACCUUUGCCCAAUUCAAAACUCACUCUGUGCAUUGGCCGGGAAUCGAACCCGGGCCUCCCGCGUGGCAGGCGAGAAUUCUACCACUGAACCACCAAUGCUCCUGGUGCUGCUCCCUGGCGGGGCGUCGCCGCGCAACAGCGCCAGCAUGAGUUUCACCGUACUGGUUUUUGGGAGAAAAAAACAUCUCUGCACUAUCCCCAACCUCUUGCAGAUGCUUUUGCCUUCCGCUUCAGGGGCGACUGGUGUCCCUUUGGUUGUCUUGUAACCUUUGAUCCAAUGUGGCCAUCCAGUCAAAAGUGCAGUCUGCUCACUCUGCCGGUUCACACUGGGCUCUGGCCAUGCUACUUUAUGUGUGGCCACGUACUGUGGUUGAGCGUCAACCUCUUUAUCUUUGAGCAACACUUUGCCAAUGACAGGGCCGCAAGAGGACACCAUGGGAAAGCGGUUGUAGGAUUGGAGUCUGGGAAGCAGCUUCUCUCAGGUGAGUGGGUUGAAAGCCAGCUUCUGACCAAAAUGCUUUGUGUUAAAAGGGGAGCUUGUCGACGUCACUGUGUACAAGGCUUUGCAUGGCAAAGUUUGAGCUUAUGUGUGCUGGGCUGUGGUGUAGUUUUCAAGCAUGUUUGCGCGUCGAGCUGAACAGUCAUGGGCGGAUCCUUUGCCGGCAAGUUUUCUUUGGCCUGACUGCACACCAUGCGGCACCUUUGCCCAAUUCAAAACUCACUCUGUGCAUUGGCCGGGAAUCGAACCCGGGCCUCCCGCGUGGCAGGCGAGAAUUCUACCACUGAACCACCAAUGCUCCUGGUGCUGCUCCCUGGCGGGGCGUCGCCGCGCAACAGCGCCAGCAUGAGUUUCACCGUACUGGUUUUUGGGAGAAAAAAACAUCUCUGCACUAUCCCCAACCUCUUGCAGAUGCUUUUGCCUUCCGCUUCAGGGGCGACUGGUGUCCCUUUGGUUGUCUUGUAACCUUUGAUCCAAUGUGGCCAUCCAGUCAAAAGUGCAGUCUGCUCACUCUGCCGGUUCACACUGGGCUCUGGCCAUGCUACUUUAUGUGUGGCCACGUACUGUGGUUGAGCGUCAACCUCUUUAUCUUUGAGCAACACUUUGCCAAUGACAGGGCCGCAAGAGGACACCAUGGGAAAGCGGUUGUAGGAUUGGAGUCUGGGAAGCAGCUUCUCUCAGGUGAGUGGGUUGAAAGCCAGCUUCUGACCAAAAUGCUUUGUGUUAAAAGGGCAGCUUGUCGACGUCACUGUGUACAAGGCUUUGCAUGGCAAAGUUUGAGCUUAUGUGUGCUGGGCUGUGGUGUAGUUUUCAAGCAUGUUUGCGCGUCGAGCUGAACAGUCAUGGGCGGAUCCUUUGCCGGCAAGUUUUCUUUGGCCUGACUGCACACCAUGCGGCAGCUUUGCCCAAUUCAAAACUCACUCUGUGCAUUGGCCGGGAAUCGAACCCGGGCCUCCCGCGUGGCAGGCGAGAAUUCUACCACUGAACCACCAAUGCUCCUGGUGCUGCUCCCUGGCGGGGCGUCGCCGCGCAACAGCGCCAGCAUGAGUUUCACCGUACUGGUUUUUGGGAGAAAAAAACAUCUCUGCACUAUCCCCAACCUCUUGCAGAUGCUUUUGCCUUCCGCUUCAGGGGCGACUGGUGUCCCUUUGGUUGUCUUGUAACCUUUGAUCCAAUGUGGCCAUCCAGUCAAAAGUGCAGUCUGCUCACUCUGCCGGUUCACACUGGGCUCUGGCCAUGCUACUUUAUGUGUGGCCACGUACUGUGGUUGAGCGUCAACCUCUUUAUCUUUGAGCAACACUUUGCCAAUGACAGGGCCGCAAGAGGACACCAUGGGAAAGCGGUUGUAGGAUUGGAGUCUGGGAAGCAGCUUCUCUCAGGUGAGUGGGUUGAAAGCCAGCUUCUGACCAAAAUGCUUUGUGUUAAAAGGGCAGCUUGUCGACGUCACUGUGUACAAGGCUUUGCAUGGCAAAGUUUGAGCUUAUGUGUGCUGGGCUGUGGUGUAGUUUUCAAGCAUGUUUGCGCGUCGAGCUGAACAGUCAUGGGCGGAUCCUUUGCCGGCAAGUUUUCUUUGGCCUGACUGCACACCAUGCGGCACCUUUGCCCAAUUCAAAACUCACUCUGUGCAUUGGCCGGGAAUCGAACCCGGGCCUCCCGCGUGGCAGGCGAGAAUUCUACCACUGAACCACCAAUGCUCCUGGUGCUGCUCCCUGGCGGGGCGUCGCCGCGCAACAGCGCCAGCAUGAGUUUCACCGUACUGGUUUUUGGGAGAAAAAAACAUCUCUGCACUAUCCCCAACCUCUUGCAGAUGCUUUUGCCUUCCGCUUCAGGGGCGACUGGUGUCCCUUUGGUUGUCUUGUAACCUUUGGUCCAAUGUGGCCAUCCAGUCAAAAGUGCAGUCUGCUCACUCUGCCGGUUCACACUGGGCUCUGGCCAUGCUACUUUAUGUGUGGCCACGUACUGUGGUUGAGCGUCAACCUCUUUAUCUUUGAGCAACACUUUGCCAAUGACAGGGCCGCAAGAGGACACCAUGGGAAAGCGGUUGUAGGAUUGGAGUCUGGGAAGCAGCUUCUCUCAGGUGAGUGGGUUGAAAGCCAGCUUCUGACCAAAAUGCUUUGUGUUAAAAGGGGAGCUUGUCGACGUCACUGUGUACAAGGCUUUGCAUGGCAAAGUUUGAGCUUAUGUGUGCUGGGCUGUGGUGUAGUUUUCAAGCAUGUUUGCGCGUCGAGCUGAACAGUCAUGGGCGGAUCCUUUGCCGGCAAGUUUUCUUUGGCCUGACUGCACACUAUGCGGCACCUUUGCCCAAUUCAAAACUCACUCUGUGCAUUGGCCGGGAAUCGAACCCGGGCCUCCCGCGUGGCAGGCGAGAAUUCUACCACUGAACCACCAAUGCUCCUGGUACUGCUCCCUGGCGGGGCGUCGCCGCGCAAAAGCGCCAGCAUGAGUUUCACCGUACUGGUUUUUGGGAGAAAAAAACAUCUCUGCACUAUCCCCAACCUCUUGCAGAUGCUUUUGCCUUCCGCUUCAGGGGCGACUGGUGUCCCUUUGGUUGUCUUGUAACCUUUGAUCCAAUGUGGCCAUCCAGUCAAAAGUGCAGUCUGCUCACUCUGCCGGUUCACACUGGGCUCUGGCCAUGCUACUUUAUGUGUGGCCACGUACUGUGGUUGAGCAUCAACCUCUUUAUCUUUGAGCAACACUUUGCCAAUGACAGGGCCGCAAGAGGACACCAUGGGAAAGCGGUUGUAGGAUUGGAGUCUGGGAAGCAGCUUCUCUCAGGUGAGUGGGUUGAAAGCCAGCUUUUGACCAAAAUGCUUUGUGUUAAAAGGGGAGCUUGUCGACGUCACUGUGUACAAGGCUUUGCAUGGCAAAGUUUGAGCUUAUGUGUGCUGGGCUGUGGUGUAGUUUUCAAGCAUGUUUGCGCGUCGAGCUGAACAGUCAUGGGCGGAUCCUUUGCCGGCAAGUUUUCUUUGGCCUGACUGCACACCAUGCGGCACCUUUGCCCAAUUCAAAACUCACUCUGUGCAUUGGCCGGGAAUCGAACCCGGGCCUCCCGCGUGAGCAGCGAGAAUUGUUUAGCUAAAUGGCCCUAAACCGAUUCCCAUUCAUUCUCUAUGGUAGUUCUAAACCACUACGGAUGUAAUAUACUUUUGGCCACUGGUAUUUUUUUGUGGCGCUGUCCCGAGCUCCGCUCCUAAAGUUGUGUAGCGCCUGACAAUCCUUCAUUCGGAGCGCACUUCGCUGGAGGUAACACACCGUCUACAACUCUCUCCGAAUUGUGAUCUCAUCACUGUCUAUUGAAGGUAAGAGAAUUUGUUUGGCAUUAAAAUGUAAAACUAUAGGAUCAAUUUACGGACUAAUCACCCGUGGUUUGAAGCAGGUAGUUCGUAUAUGUACAUGUACAGUAACGGUGCAGUAGUACUGUCGGGUUAUGCCGGUACUAGCUUGAUGUGACAAAAUCUGAGCGCAUUUUCUGUCAGACAAGUUUUGGUGUAUACCGCGGUGAAUUUUGAAUGAAUAUGAUAUUUUAUUCAGAGUUUUGGGUAUUUCUUUUCCAGUGUCCAUGUUCAUUAACGCUAAAAGCUACUGAAACUGAUUUUGUGUAAUUAAUAAGAAUCGCCCGCUCGGUGAGAGAUCAGAUCUGCCCGCGGUGAAAUUUAGCGCUAAAUUAUAGAGAGAGUGAUUCAAAUGAAUAUAACAUGAAUACAUAAUUUUACAGUAUGCUUCAAACCUAAAGCAUUUGAUACCGAUGUUUUAACAAAUGUUAUCUGCUUAAUGGUCACAUGAAGUAAGCAGGUAGUUCGUAUAUGUACAGUAACAGUGCAGUAGUACUGUCGGGUUAUGCCGGUACUAGCUUGAUGUGACAAGAUUUGAGCGCCUUUUCUGUCAGACAAGUUUUGUGUAUACCGCGGUAAAUUUUGAAUGAAUAUCCUAAUUUUUCAUAGUUUGGGUCUCCUCUCCUACCCCAUUUGCCCUUCUCUAAACUCAUACACUUAAACGAUGCUGAUUAGGCACACAUAUUUUUUUCCCACAACUACUGCCCCUCUCACUCCCUCCUCUAGUGUUCUGCGCACAUGCUGUGCACCCCUCCACCCCCACACACACACACCCACACACACCCCCCCUGAAGUUCUCAGACAGACUCUCUGAUGUCCACACUUCCUCCCCCUUAGAUCUUAGAUCAGGUGAAGAUCAAAAAGGUGUGAAAAGCUAUUGUCUUCUUGACCUUCUGAACUUUUUACUGAAGAUCAUAGAAGUUUUACAGCUGUUAGAUAUUAAAUUGGCUGAUUCUAUUUAAGCAGGAUGAUAACAUGUGAUCUGAAAUAUUCUUGUUAAAUUUGUUAAACGUAUUUUACAAAUACCCUCUUAAAGUAUCUGAUUAAAACGAACCUUAAACUUCUAUUUUUUUCUCAUAUUACAGAAAAAUGCAGAAGAAAAUGACUUUCUUCCCGGGGAAAAUCUGCGUUGUGUUCCGCAAGGGACCACUCGGAUUUCUCCUCCAGGAGCCGUCAAAGGAAGCCAGGAGAAUCAAGGAGGACGCCACUCUGCAGGACAAGUCUGCACCCACACGGGCAGACCUUGUACACCAGAAUGCCCUGGCUGUGGUCCGUCAGAGAGGAGGGGACGCCUCAGAUCGGGCAGAGGUGCUGGGGGACUACAUCCUGCAGUUUGGCAAAUACAAAGGGAAAUCUUUCCGGUGGCUUCUGGAGAACGACAUCGGAUACACAAUGUACCUGAUUAAAAACGUGGAGAAGGAGGAGGCAUCAGGCGUCACCGUGACUGCUGGACAUGCCAAGGACAGCCUGCAGUCAUUCGUCAAUUACGCCCUCGGUUUUGAUGAGAUCCAGUCUCUCCGAACCUAUGAAGCAAGUGGAGUGGGUGUUCUGGCAGCUUCAUCGGAAGAUGACCAGCUGGUUGGCUUUGGCACUCGUGGGAAAAGUACCUGGAAGGAGAUUUGGGACAGCAGAGCUGAUGGCUAUGCGGCCUUUGUUUUGGGGAAGGUCUGCGUCCCAGGUACACGAAUGUUUAAGCUGCAGCAGUACCUACAGAAGAGGCAGCGAUCGGCCUCAGCUUCCCCACCCGAGGAACAUCCCUCAAGUGUCUCCAAACCCAUGGGUAAAUUAGUUAUUAUAUAUUGUUAUUUGCCACAUCUGAUGACAUGUGACUAAUACUUUAAACCUAUCCUAAUUUGGGUGAACUUAUUCUUUUUUGUACCCUGUUAUAUUUGUUUGGACCACAGCGAUGGACGAGGAUGAAGAGCUGGAGAGUGCCAUGAUGACCAUGAAAUCCUCCAAACCACACGUGCGGACCUGUAAGUGCACUUUUAUCACACUGACUAAUUGUCAAAACUGACGGUGGCAAACUCUGUGUUGUAUCUGACAUCUGUUAUUUCCCAUUUUCUGUUCAUAACCAGUUGUUGCGCCAGCAGCAUCCACACCAGCAGCUGCCAUACCAGGAGUGUUCCUAGGAGUGUCCCCAGGAGUGUCCCCAGGAGUGUCCCCAGGAGCAAAGACAGGUUUUUAAACAACGGGUUUCAGGAGUAGAGUUCAUAUUCAUGAUGACUUGUCUCUCAAAACUGAACCUCAACUUUAACUAUUUCUUUGUGUUCUUUGUGUUCUUUGUGUUCUGGCCAUGUUCUGGCCGUGUUCCUUUAAUAAUACUGUUAGCUGGUGUUAUAAAAAACUGUCCUAAGGACUAUGAAUUGAUCACUGCCAUGAUGAAUUGAUGGCAAACGCCGUGAGGGUAAGUAAGCAAUUUCUUUUCUAUGCAUGUUGUAUUAAAAGAGAAACAUAUGAACUAGCACUUAAAUGCAUGCAUGUUCAUUAAGUCAUAAUGCUCCUCCUGCUUAGACUAGAGAGUCGUGAUUAGUACUUUAAGUUUGUUUGGUGUGUCUAUAACAAUUUAACAACACAAAUUUCGAGAAGCAGGAGAAGUAAGCUUGACUGAUUAAUUUCCUACUAACAAAAACAUUUGAAUAUUUUGUGAAUUUUGAAAUGAUUGAUUAUUUUGUCUCUUCUAGUUCCAUCUGCAACGCUGUCCAAACCUCUGCUGACCACUGCUUCUGAACUGCAGGCCUCACAGGAUGAAGGUAAAAAUAUUGUAAUACCGUUGCUGUAUCAGAAAUAGAAUCUAUACUCGCUGAAGUAGCUAGUUUUCUUUACACAUACAAGGAACUCUGCUCCAUUACACUAUAUUGUUUAUAUACAAGCCUACAUACUACAAGAGAACAGAUUGAUGUCGGGUAAGAGGGAUAAUGAUAUUAAAGUUAUGAAGUGUAAAAUUAUCACAUAACGUAAUCAAUUGUGUUUAUUGCAAUUUCACGAAAUUAAUGAUGAGCUUAUUCACUUUCCUGCAGCUGCAUCAACCUCGUCCGGUGUGAAAAGGAAGAGAUCCGUGCCCCUUCCACCAGAGCUGGCUUUCCUGAUCAAGGAGACUACUGGUCCCUCACCACCUGGGAGUCUUGAGUCAACUCAAGGUACAGGAUGUUUCUAUUCUAGUGUAGGACUGAUGUUCACAUCUGCUUAAUGCACAGCUGACUUAACUGAGUAGAAUCCUCACAAUAUCUUUAUAUUUCAUCAUCAUGUCUUUAUGAAUAUAGCCUGUACAAGUGCAUGACAGAAAGACUGCUUUCUCUUUUCAGAACCUAGCACAAGUGCUGCUUGCACCUCAGCACAAAGUGGAGUCAAACCUGAAGCCACUGCUGGAGAUGGUAAGAAUGUAGAGAAUGUAAACAUUCCCUCAAUUUUUCUGACUCCUGAUACUAACAUGCUGUGUUGAUUUUGCUUUAAACCAUGCAACCUUUAAUAAUUAUCUGUACCAAAAUAAUCAUUUGUGUUCUAUUGUCUUAUUUUUAUCCUAGUUUCCUCAGCUCAGCCCCCUGCUCCUGCUCCUGCUCUUGUUCCUGUUCCUGCUCCUGCCCCUGCCCCUGCCCCUGCCCCUGCUCCUGUGCCUGCGCAUGAUCAUGAUAUGAGCGGCUGGAGCUGUUCUCAUCACCAAAAGCUCUGGAUGAGGACAGAGCUCCAGGAUCUUGGGCUGUGGCCUGGGUCUCGCCCAGUGCGUAACCCAGGGAACGCAGUUUCUUUGUGGCGUCUUCCUCCACAACCUGAGCUGUUGGAUUCAGUGGCUGAGCUCCCGUCCCCCAACUUCUUCCAGCUCCACCCAUUUUUUAUUUGGAAACCUGAGAGUCACAUCAUGGUCAGGCUGAGAAACAAUUAUAUCCUGCCCUGUCUCCACGGCUGUCCUCAUCCUCAGGUGGUCUCUGCAGGAGUGGGCAGGCCUCGAGUUGUUGUUGGCACCAGCGGGCAAUAUUUCAUCUUCUCCUCUCGACUCUGCUGCAAGGCCUAUCGAAAGACCUGGUUCGCCGACAGUCCACGAUGGCUUGAGAAACUUCCCAGGCGCUUCACCAACCUUCUGCCUGCAUUCCUGACUUACAAGAAAGCCAUCUGUAAGUCUGUCAUGGAUGAGCUGAGACGCACCGGGAAGUCACCAACAGACAUGGCCAACCAGGUGAAUGAGCUCAUGCACCUCAAGUAUGAGCGAGCUCACCUGGCAUACCUUCAAGCCAUCGAGAGUCUGAGAGAUGCUGAGGCUGGAGUGCACGGUCAGAGAACCAUCGGACAGUUCCUGAGGAAGGACGACCAGCCACGCGCUUUUGGGCCAUACGACGAGCAAGAUGGCUGGGGUGGAGUCUCUGUGUCCGGGUUCUACCUGACUGACUGCCUGCUGGAGGAGUUCAAACGCCAGGAGCCAGCAUUGUCCAGGCUUCUUCAGGGAACAUUUGGGCGUGUUUUCAGGUCUGACCACACUAGAAGAGUGGCAAGGAAGGUGACUUUAGCCUCAGGAGUCAUGUCAAGUUAUGCCGUGAUGAACGAACACUGGCUCAUUGUCUCCUGGGUGAUGGUUCAGUCCGAAAGUGAGAGGUCCCUGGAGCUGAUGUAUGAGGGGAUGGCGAAGAGGUACAGCGACGCCGGAGUGGAAAAGGCAGGCUACCACUGGGUGGACAGGUGAGCAGAGCCAUCAGCUGUUUUCAGUUUCAUUCAAACUAACAACGUUUUCUGUCAUUAAAAAAAAUCAUUCAUUUAUUUUUGAUUCAAUUUAGUGUCUAGUUUUAAUUUUAAUCCUUCUGUGUCUUUGUGCCUUACAUUAGGGAUUGCUGUGCUGCAUUUAAAAUCGCUGAAAGCAGCCCUGUUGAGCAUCUGGACUGGGAUGCCUGGAAGACCACCCCAUCCAUUAUUGCUGGAGCGAUAAUGGAUGGGAUUAUUUCAGGAUGCCUACAGGUUCUGCGGUAUUCAUCCUGCAAAUCCCACGAAACAGCACAUACGGGAGCACUGCAGGAUUAAAAUACCCAGACCAACAGAGCUGCUGGACAGAGUGGAGAGGGUCCUGAGUCACUUCCACCUGGCGACGGACCCUAACAACGUCCCACUCUUCAAGGCAUCCAUGCUGAAGACGUGGCGGAUCCAGAGAAUCCACAUUCUCCGUGGAUGCCUCAGUGACCCUGAACUCUCGGAGGGCAUAAUGUAUAGGUACGGAGGCACUCUUCAGCUGAACCACGUACCUGGUGAAGUAGCCAAAGUCCCUAUCUGGAUCCCUGUCAGAGGCACGUCACAGCAAGAGGGGUACCAUUUCCACCAGGCUCAAUGGGUCACUGGCACGAACGUCUCCCCUGAAUUGUUCCAGGCCCAGGGCAUGACAGGGGUAGCCCGGUGGAACUACCAGCGGCUGGUGGAUCUUAAACAGCCAGGUGUCAUCCUCCCCGCUGUUUUUGACCCAGCUCUGAUGUGCGAGCUGAAUGCUGCGUCUAUGCGAGUGAAAGGGCAGGAGAAGUAUCCGGCAUUUCUCCUCUCUGACAGGGACACUGGAGAGAGGUUCGGCCUCCAGUACAGAGAGCCAGGCUGCCGUCCUGUCCCGCUGGACUGGGACAAGCACAGGACGCUCAAGAGGGAUCAGCCUGCUGCUCAGAUGCCGCCGCCUCCCCUGCACACACCUGCUGCUCCUGCUGAGGAACAAGCUCCCUAUGUGCCAUUCUCUGGACCGGCACCAUCCAUCCGCCCUCCAGUCUCUGCUGGUGCUCUGCCAAAGCAGGAGAUGCCACCUGAAGAAGUUCAGGGUCCUUCAGCAGCAAGGGGUAAGCCAGAAUCAGAAAUGAUUUAUUUAUCCCUGCAGGAAAUUAAGACAUUACAGUUGCUUGUCAUAAUAUUGUACUAAAAUAACAUGAUUAACUGAGGAACUAUUAUUGCUUUCUGUGUUCCAGAAAUCUCACAUGCCCUCCCCCUGCCUGUGAGUGCCUCCCCACGAAGUGCCCGCACUGGUCCCAUAAAAACUGGAGGCAGAGUUUUUGUGUUGGACCACACACGCUGGACAGCGCCCAUGAAGGUGGCAAUAGAUAAACUGCUGCAGAAGCACCACGGCCAGAAGGACAGCCUGAAGCUUGUAGAUCAGGAUUAUGCUGAGAUGGUCCAUCAGUCAGCCACGGAUCCAAACAGCUUGCUGCACCCCACCACCAAGCUCCACAUAUCUAGAUAUGUGAGGCACCUGGCAAAGCUCCUGAACACCAGCUCCUCCUUGAACACUAGCCCGGAAAAACUUGAGGAAACCCAGCAGCUGUGGCACUCUUUAACAGAGGGGAGUGUCACGUCUAGCGUUCCUGUGGUCACCAUGGAGGCAGCUAUUGUCAGGCCCCCUACACCUGCCCUGCCCACACCUCUGACCCAAGACUCCCUGGAGAAAAUUGUGGAGGGCAUCUUGGAAAAACAGCAGCAGCAUCAGCAACAACAGCCCCAGCCAGAGCAAAAGAAAAGGCAGACAAAGACUUGUCUCGCUUGCGGACAGCCCAAGUCUCGAUACGAGACCGAUGGAUCCUCGGUCCACUUUUUUUUCCAGCAGGGGCCCGUCCGCUACUUCUACUGCUCAAAGAAAGUGCAUCAAAGCUAUGCUGCUGAGGGGCUUUCAGAUGCCAAGAUGCCCUUCGAGCAGUUUGCGCAGAUGGAGUUUUUCCAGAGGGAGCUGAAGGAAACAAAAAAACAGGUGGAGGAGAAAAAAAGGAAACAGCCAGACGCACAUCAAGCUGGCCGCCUCUGUCGGUUCUGUCAGCAGGGACUGAAACAGGGGCCAAACAGUCCUCAUGUACAUACUGGCUUCCCGGGAGUGGCAGGGAAAUAUAUUUACUGCCCUUCGAAGGUGCUGUCUCUAUAUCGCAGCAAGGGAAUGACCAGGGAGCUGAGCUGGAAGGAGUUUUGUGGGUCUCCUUUCUAUGAGAUGGAGAAACAAAGAUAGAUGGAUGAAAGGACAUAGUUUGUUUCCAUAUUUGUAUAUAUGUAUAAAUGUAUAUAUGUGUUUAUGUGUAAAUGAAAAAAUUAUUCUUGAAAAUAUGUCUGUAUAUAUGUAAAUAUGAAUAAUUUGUUGUUGUUACUAUAGUUGUUGUUAAAUGUUGAGCCAGAUUCAAUCAUAUAUUAUGUAUACUAUUAUACAUACUUUUUAUAUUUUAUAUUUUUUAUCAUAGUAAGGAAUAUUAUUUAUGAUGGUACUGAAUAUUAUAACUUGCUUGUCAAUUUGUUUAUAGUAGUUCAUAGGUGUUUCUGUCAUUGGCAGAUGAUGAAAAAAAUGUAAAUAUUAUCUAUUACUAUUAUUAUAAGAAUAAGAAUAACUUUAUUGUAUUACAUAUUCUAUUAUAUAUUUUAUUAUAUUAUAUAUAUUAUAUUGUGUUACUGAAUAUUAUUUAUUAUAUUACUGAAUAUUGUAACUUUCUUGUCAAUUUGUUUAUAGUAGUUUAUAAGUGUUUCUUUCAUUGGUAGAAAAAAAAGUAUAUAUUAUCUAGAUAUAAUAAGAAUAAUUUUAUGGUAUUAUAUAUUGUAUUAUAUAUUUUAUGUUAUUAUAUUAUAUAUAUAUUAUACAUUUUAUUAUAUUCCUGAGUAUUAUAACUUGCUUGUCAAUUAAACUUUUUACAUGUUCAAAAUUGAAAUCUACGUCUUUUUUUUACAGCUUGGAAUCAAAAUAAUAUGAUGCCAAGAUUUACUGUUUCUGGUUCACCAGCAUAGACAUUUUAAUGUGGUCUCAAACUCUCAUUAUUACUUUUUAGAAGGUGUACUUGAUUUCAUGCGUGAAUGAAACAAAGAAAGCUACCAUGAACUUCAGGUACUUCUACAAGAGCAUACUGUAAGUGCAGUCUCCUAAGUGUUACUGAAACCUGGUUGAAUCAAAACAACUCAGACUCCAGUGGGGAUCUACUGGCUUUACUGUCAUAAGGUCAGAGAAAGAUGCUGAAACAAGUGGCAAGAAGAAAGGAACCAGAGAUGGUGUAAGUCUUUACACAGAACUGUCCAGGAGAAGUUGUGCUGUUCAUUAGAUAGAUUAGAUUAGAUAAGAUUAGAUAGAUAGAAAGAUAGAAAGAUUAGAUAGAUAGAUAGAUAGAUAGAUAGAUAGAUAGAUAGAAAGAUUAGAUAGAUAGAUAGAUAGAUAGAAAGAUAGAAAGAUUAGAUAGAUAGAUAGAUAGAUAGAUAGAUAGAUAGAUAGAUAGAUAGAUAGAUAGAUACUUAAUCCCAGAGGGAAAUUCUUUCAUGAGAUUCGGGACAAUUAAUUCCCCUCUGGGGAUGAGUAAAGUUCUUGUUUUGUAAAUCUCAUUUUAUCUCAGAUGUCUGAGUGGGGAUUCGAACCCGAAUUCAGACCCCUUGAAUUAAAAAAAAAACAAACUUUAAUCCUAUUGGCUGUUUCUCCGUUACAGCUAUUCGCAACCCGCCCCCGCGUGGCAGGCGAGAGUUCUACCACUGAACCACCAAUGCUCCUGGUGCUGCUCCCUGGCGGGGCGUCGCGGCGCAACAGCGCCAGCAUGAGUUUCACCGUACUGGUUAUGGGAGAAAAAAACAUCUCUGCACUAUCCCCAACCUCUUGCAGAUGCUUUUGCCUUCCGCUUCAGGGGCGACUGGUGUCCCUUUGGUUGUCUUGUAACCUUUGGUCCAAUGUGGCCAUCCAGUCAAAAGUGCAGUCUGCUCACUCUGCCGGUUCACACUGGGCUCUGGCCAUGCUACUUUAUGUGUGGCCACGUACUGUGGUUGAGCGUCAACCUCUUUAUCUUUGAGCAACACUUUGCCAAUGGGAAUCGAACCCAGGCCUCCCGCGCGAGCAGCGAGAAUUGUUUAGCUAAACGGCCCUAAACCGUUUCCCAUUCAUUCUCUAUGGUAGUGCUAAACCACUACAGAUGUAAUAUACUUUUGGCCACUGGUAUUUUUUUGUGGCGCUGUCCCGACCUCCUCUCUUAAAGUUGUGUAGAGCCUGGCAAUCCUUCAUUCGGAGGGCACUUUGCUGGAGGCAACACACCGUCUACAACUCUCUCCGAAUUGUGAUCUCAUCACUGUCUAUUGAAGGUAAGAGAAUUUAUUUGGCAUUAAAAUGUAAAACUAUAGGAUCAAUUUACGGACUAAUCACCCGUGGUUUGAAGCAGGUAGUUCGUAUAUGUAUAUGUACAGUAACGGUGCAGUAGUACUGUCGGGUUAUGCCGGUACUAGCUUGAUGUGACAAAAUCUGAGCGCAUUUUCUGUCAGACAAGUUUUGGUGUAUACCGCGGUGAAUUUUGAAUGAAUAUGAUAUUUUAUUCAUAGUUUUGGGUAUUUCUUUUCCAGUUUCCGUGUUCAUUAACGCUAAAAGUUACUGAAACUGAUUUUGUGUAAUUAAUAAGAAUCGCCCGCUCGGUGAGACAUCAGAUCUGCCCGCGGUGAAAUUUAGCGCUAAAUCAUAGAGAGAGUGAUUCAAAUGAAUAUAACAAAUACAUAAUUUUACAGUAUGCUUCAAACCUAAAGCAUUUGAUACUGAUGUUUUAACAAAUGUUAUCUGCUUAAUGGUCACAUGAAGUAAGCAGGUAGUUCGUAUAUGUACAGUAACAGUGCAGUAGUACUGUCGGGUUAUGUCGGUACUAGCUUGAUGUGACAAGAUUUGAGCGCCUUUUCUGUCAGACAAGUUUUGUGUAUACCGCGGUAAAUUUUGAAUGAAUAUCCUAAUUUUUCAUAGUUUGGGUCUCCUCUCCUACCCCAUUUGCCCCUCUCUAAACUCAUACACUUAAACGUUGCUGAUUAGGCACACAUAUUUUUUUUCCCACAACUACUGCCCCUCUCACUCCCUCCUCUAGUGUUCUGCACACAUGCUGUGCACCCCCCCCCCCCCCCCACACACACACACACACACACACACACACCCACACCCACACCCACACGCACACCCCCUGAAGUUCUCAGACAGACUCUCUGAUGUCCACACUUCCUCCCCCUUAGAUCUUAGAUCAGGUGAAGAUCAAAAAGGUGUGAAAAGCUAUUGUCUUCUUGACCUUCUGAACUUUUUACUGAAGAUCAUAGAAGUUUUAAAGCUGUUAGAUGUUAAAUUGGCUGAUUCUAUUUAAGCAGGAUGAUAACAUGUGAUCUGAAAUAUUCUUGUGAAAUUUGUUAAACGUAUUUUACAAAUAUCCUCUUAAAGUAUCUGAUUAAAAUAAACCUUAAACUUCUAUUUUUUUCUCAUAUUACAGAAAGAUGCAGAAGAAAAUGACUUUCUUCCCGGGGAAAAUCUGCGUUGUGUUCCGCAAGGGACCACUCGGAUUUCUCCUCCAGGAGCCGUCAAAGGAAGCCAGGAGAAUCAAGGAGGACGCCACUCUGCAGGACAAGUCUGCACCCACACGGGCUGACCUUGUACACCAGAAUGCCCUGGCUGUGGUCCGUCAGAGAGGAGGGGACGCCUCAGAUCUUGCAGAGGUGCUGGGGGACUACAUCCUGCAGUUUGGCAAAUACAAAGGGAAAUCUUUCCGGUGGCUUCUGGAGAACGACAUCGGAUACACAAUGUACCUGAUUAAAAACCUGGAGAAGGAGGAGGCAUCAGGCGUCACCGUGACUGCUGGACAUGCCAAGGACAGCCUGCAGUCAUUCGUCAAUUACGCCCUCGGUUUUGAUGAGAUCCAGUCUCUCCGAACCUAUGAGGCAAGUGGAGUGGGUGUUCUGGCAGCUUCAUCGGAAGAUGACCAGCUGGUUGGCUUUGGCACUCGUGGGAAAAGUACCUGGAAGGAGAUUUGGGACAGCAGAGCUGAUGGCUAUGCGGCCUUCGUUUUGGGGAAGGUCUGCGUCCCAGGUACGCGCAUGUUUAAGCUGCAGCAGUACCUGCAGAAGAGGCAGCAAUCGGCCUCAGCUUCCCCACCCGAGGAACAUCCCUCAAGUGUCUCCAAACCCAUGGGUAAAUUAGUUAUUAUAUAUUGUUAUUUGCCACAUCUGAUGACAUGUGACUUAUACUUUAAACCUAUCCUAAUUUGGGUGAACUUAUUCUUUUUUGUACCCUGUAAUAUUUGUUUGGACCACAGCGAUGGACGAGGAUGAAGAGCUGGAGAGUGCCAUGAUGACCAUGAAAUCCUCCAAACCACACGUGCGGACCUGUAAGUGCACUUUUAUCACACUGACUAAUUGUCAAAACUGACGGUGGCAAACUCUGUGUUGUAUCUGACAUCUGUUAUUUCCCAUUUUCUGUUCAUAACCAGUUGUUGCGCCAGCAGCAUCCACACCAGCAGCUGCCAUACCAGGAGUGUUCCCAGGAGUGUCCCCAGGAGUGUCCCCAGGAGCAAAGACAGGUUUUUAAACAACGGGUUUCAGGAGUACAGUUCAUAUUCAUGAUGACUUGUCUCUCAAAACUGAACCUCAACUUUAACUAUUUCUUUGUGUUCUUUGUGUUCUUUGUGUUCUUUGUGUUCUGGCCAUGUUCUGGCCGUGUUCCUUUAAUAAUACUGUUAGCUGGUGUUAUAAAAAACUGUCCUAAGGACUAUGAAUUGAUCACUGCCAUGAUGAAUUGAUGGCAAACGCCGUGAGGGUAAGUAAGCAAUUUCUUUUCUAUGCAUGUUGCAUUAAAAGAGAAACAUAUGAACUAGUACUUAAAUGCAUGCGUGUUCAUUAAGUCAUAAUGCUCCUCCUGCUUAGACUAGAGAGUCGUGAUUAGUACUUUAAGUUUGUUUGGUGUGUCUAUAACAAUUUAACAACACAAAUUUUGAGAAGCAGGAGAAGUAAGCUUGACUGAUUAAUUUCCUACUAACCAAAACAUCUGAAUAUUUUGUGAAUUUUGAAAUGAUUGAUUAUUUUGUCUCUUCUAGUUCCAUCUGCAACGCUGUCCAAACCUCUGCUGACCACUGCUUCUGAACUGCAGGCCUCACAGGAUGAAGGUAAAAAUAUUGUAAUACCGUUGCUGUAUCAGAAAUAGAAUCUAUACUCGCUGAAGUAGCUAGUUUUCCUUACACAUACAAGGAACUCUGCUCCAUUACACUAUAUUGUUUAUAUACAAGCCUACAUACUACAAGAGAACAGAUUGAUGUCGGGUAAGAGGGAUAAUGAUAUUAACGUUAUGAAGUGUAAAAUUAUCACAUAACGUAAUCAGUUGUGUUUAUUGCAAUUUCACGAAAUUAAUGAUGAGCUUAUUCACUUUCCUGCAGCUGCAUCAACCUCGUCCGGUGUGAAAAGGAAGAGAUCCGUGCCCCUUCCACCAGAGCUGGCUUUCCUGAUCAAGGAGACUACUGGUCCCUCACCACCUGGGAGUCUUGAGUCAACUCAAGGUACAGGAUGUUUCUAUUCUAGUGUAGGACUGAUGUUCACAUCUGCUUAAUGCACAGCUGACUUAACUGAGUAGAAUCCUCACAAUAUCUUUAUAUUUCAUCAUCAUGUCUUUAUAAAUACAGCCUGUACAAGUGCAUGACAGAAAGACUGCUUUCUCUUUUCAGAACCUAGCACAAGUGCUGCUUGCACCUCAGCACAAAGUGGAGUCAAACCUGAAGCCACUGCUGGAGAUGGUAAGAAUGUAGAGAAUGUAAACAUUCCCUCAAUUUUUCUGACUCCUGAUACUAACAUGCUGUGUUGAUUUUGCUUUAAACCAUGCAACCUUUAAUAAUUAUCUGUACCAAAAUAAUCACUUGUGUUCUAUUGUCUUAUUUUUUUCCUAGUUUCCUCAGCUCAGCCCCCUGCUCUUGUUCCCGUUCCUGCUCCUGCUCCUGCCCCUGCCCCUGCUCCUGUGCCUGCACAUGAUCAUGAUAUGAGCAGCUGGAGCUGUUCUCAUCACCAAAAGCUCUGGAUGAGGACAGAGCUCCAGGAUCUUGGGCUGUGGCCUGGGUCUCGCCCAGUGCGUAACCCAGGGAACGCAGUUUCAUUGUGGCGUCUUCCUACACAACCUGAACUGUUGGAUUCAGUAGCUGAGCUCCCGUCCCCCAAUUUCUUCCAGCUCCACCCAUUUUUUAUUUGGAAACCUGAGAGUCACAUCAUGGUCAGGCUGAGAAACAAUUAUAUCCUGCCCUGUCUCCACGGCUGUCCUCAUCCUCAGGUGGUCUCUGCAGGAGUGGGCAGGCCUCGAGUUGUUGUUGGCACCAGCGGGCAAUAUUUUAUCUUCUCCUCUCGACUCUGCUGCAAGGCCUGUCGAAAGACCUGGUUCGCCGACAGUCCACGAUGGCUUGACAAACUUCCCAGGCGCUUCACCAACCUUCUGCCUGCAUUCCUGACAUACAAGAAAGCCAUCUGUAAGUCUGUCAUGGAUGAGCUGAGACGCACCGGGAAGUCACCAACAGACAUGGCCAACCAGGUGAAUGAGCUCAUGCACCUCAAGUAUGAGCGAGCUCACCUGGCAUACCUUCAAGCCAUCGAGAGUCUGAGAGAUGCUGAGGCUGGAGUGCACGGUCAGAGAACCAUUGGACAGUUCCUGAGGAAGGACAACCAGCCACGCGAUUUUGGGCCAUACGACGAGCAAGAUGGCUGGGGUGGAGUCUCUGUGUCCGGGUUCUACCUGACUGACUGCUGGAGGAGUUCAAAUGCCAGGAGCCAGCAUUGUCCAGGCUUCUUCAGGGAACAUUUGGGCGUGUUUUCAGGUCUGACCACACCAGAAGAGUGGCAAGGAAGGUGACCUUAGCCUCAGGAGUCAUGUCCAGUUAUCCCGUGAUGAACGAACACUGGCUCAUUGUCUCCUGGGUGAUGGUUCAGUCUGAAAGUGAGAGGUCCCUGGAGCCAAUGUACGAGGGGAUGGCGAAGAGGUACAGCGACGCCGGAGUGGAAAAGGCAGGCUACCACUGGGUGGACAGGUGAGCAGAGCCAUCAGCUGUUUUCAGUUUCAUUCAAACUAACAACGUUUUCUGUCAUUAAAAAAAAUCAUUCAUUUAUUUUUGAUUCAAUUUAGUGUCUAGUUUUAAUUUUUAGUCCUUCUGUGUCUUUGUGCCUAACAUUAGGGACUGCUGUGCUGCGUUUAAAAUAGCUGACAGCACCCCUGUUGAGCAUCUGGACUGGGAUGCCUGGAAGACCACCCCAUCCAUUAUUGCUGGAGCGACCUCUGGAAGUCUUGUGAACACCUGUGCGUCACGUUCACAUUACAAUGCUGGCAUUGUUGUGAAACUGGACUUGUUUCACUGCCUGAGGCGCUUUUCCAGGGAGUGCACCUCUGAGCAUCACCCUCUGUACAGCACCUUCUGCCAGCUGCUCUCCGCUGCCUUCUCUGUUGUGGAUCAGGAAGACUUAAAAAAGCUUCAGGAUGCCUACAGGUUCUGCGGUAUUCAUCCUGCAAAUCCCACGAAACAGCACAUACGGGAGCACUGCAGGAUUAAAAUACCCAGACCAACAGAGCUGCUGGACAGAGUGGAGAGGGUCCUGAGUCACUUCCACCUGGCGACGGACCCUAACAACGUCCCACUCUUCAAGGCAUCCAUGCUGAAGACGUGGCGGAUCCAGAGAGUCCACAUUCUCCGUGGGUGCCUCAGUGACCCUGAACUCUCGGAGGGCAUAAUGUAUAGGUACGGAGGCACUCUUCAGCUGAACCACGUACCUGGUGAAGGUGCCAAAGUCCCUAUCUGGAUCCCUGUCAGAGGCACAUCACAGCAAGAGGGGUACCAUUUCCACCAGGCUCAAUGGGUCACUGGCACGAACGUCUCCCCUGAAUUGUUCCAGGCCCAGGGCAUGACAGGGUAGCCCGGUGGAACUACCAGCGGCUGGUGGAUCUUAAACAGCCAGGUGUCAUCCUCCCCGCUGUCUUUGACCCAGCUCUGAUGUGCGAGCUGAAUGCUGCGUCCAUGCGAGUGACAGGGCAGGAGAAGUAUCCGGCAUUUCUCCUCUCUGACAGGGACACUGGAGAGAGGUUCGGCCUCCAGUACAGAGAGCCAGGCUGCCGUCCUGUCCCACUGGACUGGGACAAGCACAGGACGCUCAAGAGGGAUCAGCCUGCUGCUCAGAUGCCGCCGCCGCCUCCCCUGCAUACACCUGCUGCUCCUGCUGAGGAACAAGCUCCCGAUGUGCCAUUCUCUGAACCGGCACCAUCCAUUCGCCCUCCAGUCUCUGCUGGUGCUCUACCAAAGCAGGAGAUGCCACCUGAAGAAGUUCAGGGUCCUUCAGCAGCAAGGGGUAAGCCAGAAUCAGAAAUAAUUUAUUUAUCUCUGCAGGAAAUUAAGACAUUACAGUUUCUUGUAAUAAUAUUGUACUAAAAUAACAUGAUUAACUGAAAAACUAUUAUUGCUUUAUGUGUUCCAGAAAUCUCACAUGCCCUCCCCCUGCCUGUGAGUGCCUCCCCACGAAGUGCCCGCACUGGUCCCAUAAAAACUGGAGGCAGAGUUUUUGUGUUGGACCACACACGCUGGACAGCGCCCAUGAAGGUGGCAAUUGAUAAACUGCUGCAGAAGCACCACGGCCGGAAGGACAGCCUGAAGCUUGUGGAUCAGGAUUAUGCUGAGAUGGUCCAUCAGUCAGCCACGGAUCCAAACAGCUUGCUGCACCCCACCACCAAGCUCCACAUAUCUAGAUAUGUGAGGCACCUGGCAAAGCUCCUGAACACCAGCUCCUCCUUGAACACUAGCCCGGAAAAACUUGAGGAAACCCAGUAG